AUGAUCACGCCAACAAAUGCUGUUCUCAAAUAUAUGGCAAUUGCUGAUUUAUGCGUAGGUUUAGUACCAUUACCAUGGACAUUUUUUUAUCAUAGUUUAAAUAAUCACUUAAUGGAAGAUCGUCUUCAACUUUGGUGGUGUUAUAUGUAUAAAUAUAGUAUGGAUGCUGUCCCUCCUGUAUGCCACAAUAUAGCAAUGUGGCUUACCGUCUUACUUGCUGGGCAAAGAUAUAUAUCUGUGAAAUAUCCAAUGAAAUCAAAUACCAUAUGCAAUGUACGCCAUGUACGUCUAACAACAUUAGUUAUUAUAUUAAUAUCGCUAUUUUGUGGUUUACCGAAGUCACUUGAUUAUUAUUAUGAAAUUUACGAAGGAUGGGCUUUCUUCCCAGAUGGCAAAAUCAAGUAUAUCAGGAAAUGUCUUUCUGGUUUCACGGCACUUGUGCGUUUUAUGGGUCCUAAUAUGUUUUUUAAUUGUUAUUUUUGGACGCGAGUCGUAGGAUUUGUUAUGCUUCCGUGUAUGCUUUUGAUAAUUUUGAAUUUUUUGCUCAUACGUAGCAUCAGAAAAGCGCAAAAACGAAAAAGACGUCUAGUCAGAGAAAAUCGAGCUCGAGAAGCACAGCGUCAAACUGAUAGUAACUCGACUAGUUUGAUGCUUGUCGUUAUCGUUAGUAUAUUUCUAAUCGUUAAUCUUCCACAAGCACUUUUUAUGGCACUUUUAUGUGUGUGCACAACAUUUGGCAUUUCAUUUCAAUUACUUGAAGGCAAUUUUCCAACCGCUUUUUUACUAGCAAGCAAUAUGCUCGUAAUGGCUACCUAUCCAAUCAAUUUUGGUAUUUAUUGCUCCAUGUCAAGCAGCUUCCGACGCACAUUUAAGACGCUUUUCUGCAAGUAA